AUGUCCAUCCAAGUCGAGCAUCCUGCUGGUGGUUACAAGAAACUGUAUGAAACUGUGGAGGAACUCUCCUCGCCAGUCACAGCUCAUGUUACAGGCAGGAUCCCCUUCUGGCUCACCGGCAGCCUCCUUCGAUGCGGGCCUGGACUCUUUGAAGUUGGAUCUGAGCCAUUUUACCACCUGUUUGAUGGGCAAGCCCUCCUGCACAAGUUUGACUUUAAAGAGGGACAUGUCACGUACCACAGAAGGUUCAUCCGCACUGAUGCUUAUGUGCGGGCAAUGACUGAGAAAAGGAUCGUCAUAACAGAAUUUGGCACCUGUGCUUUCCCAGAUCCCUGCAAGAAUAUAUUUUCCAGGUUUUUUUCUUACUUUCGAGGAGUAGAGAUAACUGACAAUGCCCUGGUUAAUAUCUACCCAGUGGGGGAAGAUUACUAUGCCUGCACAGAGACCAACUUCAUCACAAAGAUUAAUCCUGAGACCUUGGAGACAAUUAAGCAGGUUGACCUUUGCAACUAUGUCUCCGUCAAUGGAGCCACAGCUCACCCCCACAUUGAAAGUGAUGGCACUGUGUACAACAUUGGUAACUGCUUCGGGAAAAAUUUCUCAAUUGCCUACAAUAUUGUAAAGAUCCCUCCACUACAAGCAGACAAGGAAGAUCCAAUAAGCAAGUCAGAAGUCGUUGUACAAUUCCCCUGCAGUGAACGAUUCAAGCCAUCUUACGUCCAUAGUUUUGGCUUGACUCCCAACUACAUUGUUUUUGUGGAGACACCAGUCAAAAUUAACCUGUUCAAGUUCCUCUCUUCAUGGAGUCUUUGGGGAGCCAACUACAUGGAUUGUUUUGAGUCCAAUGAAACCAUGGGAGUUUGGCUUCAUGUCGCUGACAAAAAAAGAAGAAAGUAUCUCAGUAACAAAUACAGGACCUCUCCUUUUAACCUUUUCCACCACAUCAAUACCUAUGAAGACAAUGAGUUUCUGAUUGUGGAUCUCUGUUGUUGGAAAGGGUUUGAAUUUGUUUAUAAUUACUUAUACUUAGCCAAUUUACGUGAGAACUGGGAAGAAGUGAAGAAAAACGCCAGCAAGGCUCCCCAGCCUGAAGUUAGAAGAUAUGUACUUCCUUUGAAUAUUGACAAGGCUGACACAGGCAAGAAUUUAGUUACACUCCCCAACACCACUGCCACUGCAAUUCUGUGCAGUGAUGAGACCAUCUGGCUGGAACCUGAGGUUCUCUUUGCAGGGCCUCGUCAAGCGUUUGAGUUUCCUCAAAUCAAUUACCAGAAGUAUGGUGGGAAACCUUAUACUUACACAUAUGGACUUGGCUUGAACCACUUUGUUCCAGACAGGCUUUGUAAGUUGAAUGUCAAAACUAAAGAAACUUGGGUAUGGCAAGAGCCUGAUUCCUAUCCAUCAGAACCCAUCUUUGUUUCUCACCCAGAGGCCUUGGAGGAAGAUGAUGGUGUAGUUCUGAGUGUGGUGGUAAGCCCUGGAACAGGACAAAAGCCUGCUUAUCUCCUGAUUCUGAACGCCAAGGACUUGAGUGAAGUUGCCAGGGCUGAAGUGGAGAUUAACAUCCCUGUCACCUUUCAUGGACUGUUCAAAAAAUCCUGAACACAUUCUACCAAGAUAUGUUUCUGAUGAAAAAAAACAAGAAAAAUAUAGUCAGGUCUGCAAUCAAAUUCUGUUCAGUUUCAGCCGGCUGUAUUAGAUGGUUUUAACUUGCAGACACACACUAUUUUGCAAUGUUUUCCAGAAAGAACAGAGUUGA